ACUUCCCACUUCUUUUUUUCCAGACAUAUUCGCACUUCGCAGUUUGGCCUUUAUCUUACAGUUGACGACUUUACCUCUCUCUUGCCCCCUCUCCCUUUUCCCUCUUUGCAUCUCUGAUUCUUUAGCUUUGAGCAAAACAAAUCUCACUACAGAUGGAUGCAAAGCCCAAACCUGAAGCCGAAACCCUCUCAUCCUCUCAGCAAUGCCGCCACCAUCAUAGCUUUCCAAACCAGCAACCUCACCGUUGUCCCUUGACGCCUCCGACCCCCUCCGCGAUGCCAUUGAGGAGCUCCAACGCCGCCAGCGCACCGAUGUUGUGUGAUUGGGAACCUCAAAGCUUUCUGCUAUCAUUUAAGCUAUUGGGGUUGAGAUUCUGCUUCACAUUUAAGCUGUCUCGCAGAUCGGCCUUCUCUUCGUUGCUCGAUUUUAAGGAUUAUGCCUGGGUUAAAAGGGGAUCACUUUUUCCAUUUAUGGAUUAUAUAGACAGGUUUCAAGACCAGUCUGAACUGGGCAACUGCAAGCCCUGUGAUUUCCAGAUGGCAACUGAGGAGGGAUUUUUGGUGGAUCAAGGGUUUAGUGAGAAGUUGAUAGCAGAUAUAAACAUGGCAGCUGGGAACCCAGUGUAUGAUGAAUCCGUACUUAGAGGAGUUCAAGAGGCUACUGGUUCAAAUCAUGAUCUCGACUAUCAGUUUGUGGACCAGGACAUCUAUUGGAAGAAGAAGGAUGCAAGAGUCUAUGAAGGCUGCGGCUCGGAUCUUAGAAUGCCAAAGAAAAUGAAGGUUUCAACUUCUGGAGGGCAAUUCCUUUGUAAAUCAUGUGCUAAGUUGACAAAACAUGUUUGUGGGAUAUGCAAGAAGUGGAAUCAGCCUGACAGUGGAAGUUGGGUUGUUGAAGGCCCUUAUGACUCUGUGCCUAUUCCUGACGGGGCAGCUCUAUCAGCAUUUCAGUACUUCGAAAACGUCAGAAAUUUCCUUGUGGCUGUGGAGGAAUUGGGGCUUCCAACCUUUGAAGCCUCUGAUUUGGAACAGGGAGGAAAAUCUGCAAGUACAAGGAUUGUCAACUGUGUUCUAGCACUAAAAUCAUAUAGUGACUGGAAAAAAGCAGGCGGAAGUGGAUCAUGGAAAUUUGUUGGAAACUUGAAACCGCCUAUCUCUGGGAAACCCUUUCUGCGAAAAAAUUCUGAACCAUUCAUGAGUUCUUUUACAAGGACCUUAUCAUGGAGUGAAAGAUCGCAAGAUAGUUUCUCCUGUGAAGAUCCCAAUGAAGCAAGUUCUUCUCAUUCCUUACACAAGCUAGCACGUGAAGUUCUUUUGGACAAAAAACAGGAAGAAAUUCCAUUUGUAAAAGCACAUUCCAAAGAUAGCCCUGGCCCUGACUCUGACUCUCCAUCUCUUUCUGAACCUGGUUCUGGUGAUAUCAAGAAUGAAGAGAAAGCUGCGACUGAAAUAAAGAAGGAUGAUUGUUGCAAUCAAACAUAUGACCAUCAAGAGGGAUCAAAAGAAAAAUAUUUAGGAAUUGAAACAUAAUCUAUAUGAUACAAAAGCAGGAAUGAAGUUUCUACAAAUGAAGUACCAGGAGGAUUUCAACAGCUAGGUAUGCACCUGCAUGGUUUGGUUCAUGCAGCAUCAGGAUAGCAGAAAUUUCUUGAAGAACAUCGCCACAGCACAUCGGUCGCUGCUGGAUACAUACGAGACAGUGCAUUUGAACCGCAAUGUUGGGCUGCUCCAGGGAUACAUAUGAUACCAGCUUCUACCUAGGAUUUCCACUUUUGUAAUAUGCAAGUAUAAUUGUAGGUUAUUUCAGGUGUCUUGGACAUUCUAAUCUUCAAAUUCCUCCUUUUGUUUAGAUAGAUCUUUUUCAGAUCAUUCUAGCUCAAGCAUUGAGUAUAGGUAAUCUAAAUUCAUGCUUAUUUAAAUAGUUUGACCUGAAGACAUCUUAGAUGCUAUGGUGUCUACAACAUUAUUAGUACAAACAUUAUGUAACUGUUGACUAGGUUUAGAGUUGGAACUAUGGAUUGUAUUUUGGAUGAUGUUGAUGCAAUGAAACAUAGGCAUCAUUUUGAAUGCUGAUUUUAGUCCAA